GGUGACGGCUGUAAAGGUUGCCUUAAAAGUGUACAGUUUAAAGACUUGCUGCUUCUACUACAGCAGUGUACCGUGAAGGAAAAUUUUAUUCAUCUACAAACCAAAAAUUUAAAUGUAAACUUAAUCCUUUAUUGAGUCAUACCUGACUCAUAAUCAUGGGACAAGAGAAGAGUAAGACAUUGCUGCAGCUAUAUGGCCCACAUCCUAACUAUUAUCCCAUCAGGACAGCCCAUACGGUGACAUAGACCAGUAAUGUCGAACUGUUCGCGGAACUCCUGCCUGUCGGCAGGUAAGACAUAUGAUGGGUCUGAUUUCCCAGACAGCAACGGAAGAAAAGGUCCACAGUACCUGGCAUGGGUGUCAAACAUUGUGUCCACAAAUAAAGAUAAGAGGUUUGUUUUGAAGAAUCCAGCGGGUGCCACAUUGAGAAUAGCAGACCUGGACGACACCAUUUACAGAGACAGAAAAGACGAGGUGGAUGGGUGGGGAAAAUUCUACCUUCCCAAGACAGUGGACAUGCGGGUUGUAGGUGUGGUGGAGGACAUCUCAUGUCCUUGUGACCAGCUUGUUCUGAUGACCUGUGAGGACAAAAAGAUGUAUGUCUACGAUGGAGAGGAUCUGCAUCUGGUGGCUUCAAGUCUGGUGCAGCUACGUGACAGGGGGAUAGAGUAUCCGGCAUCCAAGAGCUAUUACCACGGGGAGGCCUUCAAAGAUAUGACCAAGGAGGACUGGGCAAAAGUGAGGGCGGGCCCUGUGGGGAAGAGGUUGGACCAAGAGCAUCGGCAGCUCGUAAAAUCAAUGACGCCCAGACUCCUGGCGAAUCUCAGACUCAGCAGACAGCGUGCAAGACUCAUCAGCUGACAGUUUUGGAUUUCUUUUGUGUUUUUGGUGGUCACCUCUUAAAUGGACUACUCUAUGCUGUGAACUUCACAAUCACUAGAUCUCAAGCCAGCUGAACACCUUCAGGAGACGGUGUCAGUGCUGUCCACCACCAUCAUCAUCAAAACACCAAAUACCGUGUCCGACGUCAUCCUGUGCAAAUGCAUCUACACAAAUGUGGAGUGACACAUAUAAAAUACAUUUCUUGUUGUAAAAAUACGUAUGUAAAAUGUAAAAUAAAAUGAUUUUUGUUGCUUUCAA